AUGAUAAUAAUAAUUAUUAUUUUGCUUCUUCUUUUAUAUCAUAUAUGGAACAAGAACAAAAAUUACAUCAUUAAUUUUUAUUAUAUUAAUUCAUUCAUUUGUUUUAACAAAUCUAAAUAUAUAAGCGACAUUAAAAAAGAAAUGAGAAAAAACCAAAAAUGUUAUAGUGAUGGAUAUUUAUGA